AUGGCGUAUGAUUUCAUUAGGUAUAGCUUGGAUGAAUUCCUCCUGGACUUCAAGCUCGCCACACUGGACUAUGCACGUUGGGUCUUUGCCUACCGGCUGGCAGGCGAUAGCCCUGAGAAGUUCCGAAAACGCGCGAAGAAUGUGGAUGUCAACCUGGGCAUUUUUCGGAGACAUGUGCCAAGGAUUAUUUGGCUGUUGCGACUGGUGGAGGACUUCCUGCCCGAUGUGGAGGCAAUGUGUUUGGUCUUGCUAAAGUCGCAGGGCGGCGCGCGUGGCGAUUAUGCAAGACUUGCGCGUGCCACUGGGCAACAUCUUAUGGAAGUGGCUGUCAAUGCCGAGUUGGACGCCUUGCGAAAGCCCCCCCAAGGGUCCGAGAAACUCGCUUCCAGCGAAGAGCUGGAAGCCAAGCUGCGACAGCAGCUGCAGGCUGUGCGUGCAGAUUGUGACGCACGGCAACGUCGCAUGCAGGACUACGAUGGCAGCUUGCAACGAUCCAACUCUGCCUUGGCCAGUUUGAGGGCAGACAAGGAGUUGGCCAUCAGUGACCACGGCGAACUGCGCGAGAAAGCGCUGGCAGCGCGGGAGCAGUUGGAGUCUCGGAUCCAGUGCCUCCGCUCCGCCCGUGCUGUGCUGGCGGAGUCACGACGUCAUGCGUCUCCGAAAACCUCGUCGCCUCGCCGAGAAAGGCUGAGCUGCGCCAGAACAGCUGUGGUGCAUUUGGAGGAGGAGCAAAAGCAGAAAGAGCAUGAAAUGCUCUCGACCCGGCAGGUCCUACGCGACUUGCAGCAGGUGGCAGCAGAACAGCGGUCGGCCGUGCAAAGAAUCAAGGCCGGCAACGAAGAGAUGGUGGCAAAAUCCGCCAGAGGUGCCUCCGAGCGGACUCAGGCAGCGCAGCAUGCAGCGUCCAUGGUUGAAGAGCGAAGCCGCGAAAAGCACAGCCUGUCCACCGCGUUGCAAGUCACUGAGAAACAACUGGUUGAUACCGAGGCUGCAGUCACCGUGCAACGUCAGCGAGAAUCAGAGGCUCUCGCCGCUGAACAACGUCGCUCCGUGGAAGAACUUCAGGAGGCUGAGGCAAGUCUGUGGGCCCUACGUUCACGUUUGGAGGAUGCAUCUUCCGAGCUUCAGGCAGAGCAGGAGCAGAACUUGCGACUUCGUCAAGAAGUCUUGGCUCUACAGGCUGCAAAAGAGCACAUCCUCAAGAGGUCCAUUGCACCUUGGGACCACGCUGAGGUCAAGGGUACCGGUGCCGUUGAAGAUACCUCGCCUGGACGAUCGAUGCCGGCAUGGGCAAAGACUCAUCAGCAGCGCCUAGAGAAGGAGCUGGAACAGCUUCGCAAGUGGAAGUUUGAGGCCGCUGGUGCAGUGCAACGCAUGGCCCUGGGGUUGAGGAGCUUACGAGAUCAGUACGACCAGGAGAUGAGGAAAAGUUUCGACCUGCAGGAGACCUGGCAACGUUUGGGUCAUCGUGCUGAGAACGCCGGCCUCGCUAACAGCUUUCCAUCUGUUCAAGAGGCCGAUGAUCUCCUGCAAAGCGAAGGCGGCCAACGCACGAGGCCCAGCCGAGCUGCGCGGCGGUCGCCCAAAGCUAAGGAGGCCAGCCGCACAACCGUCAACCUUUCCGCCGGUUGGUGGGACGGCCAUGGUGCAAUGCGUUCAACGCGUUCUCGCGGGCGGCGAGAUGUUCAGGCACCACGAGCCAAGUCGAACAGCACAGGGAGGCUCAACAAGAGCAGUCCCGGUCCGGGAGGACACCGGGUCAGGGCCAAGUUGCUCUCUUAA